UGCCGCCGCCGCUGCUGCUGCCUGAGUUGGAGGAGGGAGAAGCCAGAGAGAAAAUGGCGGCUGUGGCUGCAGAGGCGGCAGCGACUGCAGCGACUGCAGCGUCCCCCGGGGAGGGGGGCGCCGGCGAGGCCGAGCCGGAGAUGGAGCCCAUCCCCGGCAGCGAAGCCGGUACUGACCCCCUACCGGUCACCGCCACUGAAGCAUCUGUGCCGGAUGGCGAGGCCGACGGGCAGCAGUCCGCUCCUCAGGCCGACGAGCCGCCGCUCCCGCCGCCACCGCCGCCGCCAGGGGAGCUCGCCCGCAGCCCGGAGGCGGCGGGUCCAGAGCUGGAGGCUGAGGAGAAGCUGCCAGUCCGGCUUGCGGAGCCGGCGGCUGCCGCGCCUCGGGAAGAGCCCGACCGUCCACCUUCUCCUGCACCGCCGCCGGAGCAGCUCCUGGCUCCGGAGGAGCGCGAGGAGCCGCCGCUGCCCCAGCCCGCAGUCCCGGUGCUCGUGCCGCCGGCGGGCGGAAACUCUGCGGUGUCGCAACUGAUUCCUGGCUCGGAGGUGCGGGUCACGCUGGACCACAUCAUUGAGGACGCGCUCGUCGUGUCGUUCCGCCUCGGGGAGAAGCUCUUCUCUGGUGUCCUUAUGGAUCUGUCCAAAAGGUUUGGGCCCCAUGGGAUCCCUGUGACAAUAUUUCCCAAAAGGGAAUAUAAGGAUAAACCUGAAGCCAUGCAGCUCCAAAGUAGUACAUUCCAAGAAGGGACAGAAGUCAAGCGAGAAGUGAAUGGUGCUGUUCCCCACGACCCUUCUCCUGCCCCACCUCCCGAGCCAACCCUGGCCGAAAGCCUGUGGACUUCCAAACCACCACCUCUCUUCCAUGAAGGAGCACCUUAUCCUCCCCCCUUGUUUAUCAGGGACACAUAUAACCAAUCAAUACCUCAGCCACCUCCCCGGAAAAUUAAGCGGCCCAAACGAAAAAUGUACAGGGAAGAACCCACUUCUAUAAUGAAUGCUAUUAAGCUACGACCCAGACAAGUCCUGUGCGACAAAUGUAAAAACAGUGUCGUUGCCGAAAAAAAGGAAAUCAGAAAAGGUAGUAGUGCAAGUGACUCUUCUAAAUACGAAGAUAAAAAACGGAGAAAUGAAAGUAUAACUGCUAUGAACAAAAAACUUAAAACUGACCAUAAAGUAGAUGGGAAAAACCAAAACGAAAGCCAGAAAAGAAAUGCUGUGGUUAAGGUUUCAAAUAUUGCUCACAGCAGAGGCAGAGUAGUUAAAGUUGCUGCUCAGGCAAAUACAUCAAGAGCCCAGUUAAGUACUAAAAAAGUGCUCCAGAGUAAGAACAUGGAUCACGCAAAAGCUCGGGAAGUGUUGAAAAUUGCCAAAGAAAAGGCACAAAAGAAGCAAAGUGAAACCUCUACUUCCAAAAACGCACGUUCGAAAGUCCAUUUCACACGUCGAUAUCAGAAUCCUAGCUCAGGUUCUCUUCCACCCCGGGUUCGGUUAAAACCACAAAGGUACAGGAAUGAAGAAAAUGACUCUUCUCUGAAGACAGGACUUGAGAAAAUGCGGAGCGGCAAGAUGGCACCCAAGCCCCAGUCUCGCUGCACCUCCACCCGCUCAGCAGGUCUGCCUCCAAUGGAGAUGAGAAUGGGGGUGGAAGGGAAGAGAAAUCCCUCAUCAUCAGAGAGACCUAUGUUAGCAUCGUCAUCUGGCUGCCACGUACACACCUCUUACCCUCCCGGUGUAGCUGCCGAGAAUGAGUGGCUCUUCUCACCACCCUCUGUGUCUAAACCGAAGUCGAGGAAGGCACUCCUCCCCACAAGGUUCAACAGCCACGUGUCUGGAGGUACUCUCGAAUGCAGAGGAUACACCAAGGAUUUGCCCUUGGUACCCGACAGUUGAGUGGAGCAGCCUUAGGGAUUCUAAAAUCAUCUGAUCAGUUUUAACUUUAGAUUUUUUUUUUUAACUGUUUAGAUAAAUGUUCUAUGUGGACAAAAAAUUUGACGUUGUAAAAUCAAAACAAAGUGGGACUACCAAUCGCAAAUUCAGAUUUUCAUGUUCUUCAAACCUGCCUAUUAUAAAUGCUAGACAUUUGAAUUUAUAAAAGAAAUUUAUACACAUACCACUUCUUUUUUUUCUAUAAUGUGGUUCCACGUAAGAUUUUUUUUUUUUUUUUUUUUUAACAAAGGGGUUCUAAUGCUUUGAAGAAAAAGGCAAAGUCACUAGAUUAGAACAGAGACAAAUAAUGAGGCAUCGAUCACCAUUAGUUGCUCAAAAAAGCUCUAAGCCUUUUGUGCGGCUAUGUCCAGGGCAUCUGCGCCCUUCUCACCACACCACUGACCAGAUCCUUAAGUCCUUUAAUGCUUUUUUACCUGGCUAUGAUGGCUACGGAAACCCUGGUGGCGUAGUGGUUAAGUGCUACAGCUGCUAUCCAAGAGGUUGGCAGUUCAAAUCCGCCAGGCGCUCCUUGGAAACUCUAUCGGGCAGUUCUACUCUGUCCUAUAGGGUCACUAUGAAUUAGAAUCGACUUGAUAUCAGUGGGUUUUGGUGGGAUGAUGGCUACGAGGCUCAUCAUCCUACAGAAAGGGACAAAACACUCUAGUGGCUGACCCUUCUUCUGAAAUCUGAAGCUAUCACGAUUGUCUUCUCUGGUUAACAAGGACUGUGGCCACCUUGGUCUCCUCUCCUGUUCUAAUGGUGGUAUUUGUAAGUGACAGGUGAGGAAGGAAGAUUAGAAAUGGUACUCCCCAUUAAUAAUUCCAAUUAGGAUUUUCUUUCUGAGGAGGGAGGUACACAGCUCUUCUUUCUAACAAAAAGGAAAUCAAGUCAGAGAGAGGAAAGAAAAAGCUAGUCAAGGAAUAAUGAACAAUGUGAGUAAGACCCCAUUUUGUUAGAUACCUACAAAACUUCCUAAGUGCCGAUGACAGUGCUGCGCGGAUUUUUACCUUUACCUGCUAGUCCUUCAGCAGAAGCUACCAUUCCUACAGGAGCCAGUGCUAAAAGUUGUGCAGUUCACUACAAAAACCUUGCUCAGAAAUUCUAAGGAAGUGGUAUUAAUUUGUGCUCAGUGUGUCUAGCCUCCAAGGAUCUCAAAGCACAUUAAUCACGGUCACCUCACCUGGAACAGAGAGGUAAAAACACCAAAAAGCUUUAGUGGGGCUGAACAUUCCACGUAGGGAGUGAUUUCUCCCUCGUAGGCUAGUUGGGCCUGGGCACACUGGAAGAGUUAAUAUUUUAUUGAUGAUCCUUGUAGUCAUUAAGAAAUAAGAGUCUAGACAUCCACACUAUUGACAUGUAACAACAACCUGACAUAUUACUUACCAAGCAACUGAAGCUGCUUAAGUCUGAUGGGAGUUUACUUCAGACAGAAGCAACUGAGGGAAUGAAUUCUGCUUGAAUGUUUCAAAUAAAGGGAAUGAUACAGGUAAAACUCAAAGCCUCGGAGACAGGAAACUUCCACUUAUCGAAUUUUCAAAGACAGAUGGGAGUUGUGAAACUGUCCGUGGCCAGUAAGAUUCAAUUUGCACCAGAAUCGUGAAACCCAGCUCAGCAGUGCCUCGUUACUAAAUGCAAGUACUUUUUUGCCUAAGUACAACAUCAUUAUUAUUAGUAGAAUAAGUGCCAAAAUGCUUUUCUCUCUUCUUUGAAGAGAGAGUACCUCUAAAAUAUUCUGCUCAAACGUGGUGUCAAGUUUAAUUAAAUAUGUAAAUUGAGGAAAGAGUUUUUUUUUUUUUUUAAAAAGUGGGGAAGGCUCCAGAAAUACCCUGAGUUUGAAGCUGCUUUCUUUGGAGUCUAAGUCUAUCCAUCGAGGACCAGAAGGUUCUGGACAGUCUAGGUUAAUGGUCUCCUCUCAGUCAGCUCUGAUAUCACAGUGAGCCUUAGGAAAUCUGUUCUCAUUCUCUGGGUAUUGAUGUCGGAAGGUAAGAUAUGCCCAGGCUCAUCUUUCAAGCCUAGGUGAUUGCAAUACAUUAGAUAUAAUUUACAUAAUAAAUUUAGAUCUUAAGCAGAGAAAUAUCAGACAGGUUAUACAAAAUAUGCUAGGCAGGUCUGUCUAGAAACCUUUACUCCCUUUAGUCAAGCAGGCUAUUCAUAAGAAUCUCUGAUUCCAACUAGAAAACGCUUUAGCAACUAACUAAAACAUGGAUCAAAUGAAGCCAGCCUCUGCCCCAUUCACAUCUCCAGUCCCUUCUCUUACUAUCUACUCCUAAUUCCUGCCCUUUCAGGUCUUCUCGAACACCAAACGGAUUUCUCAAUGCCAUUUUCAAAACAAAAAUUCUCUUGAUUCUACUCACGUGGUAUUGGCUAUAGUGACAACAUCCUAAUGAACUUAAAGCUGAAAAGUCAACUGUUUUUAUAAAAUUUGUUAUCUGAAAUAGAGGUUGGUGGUAUCCUAGGUUGGGAGUUAACUAUGGCCUUCUUGUGUGUGUGUGUGUGUGAAUAUAUGUUUUAUUUCUUUAGGGCAGGGAUUAGUAAACCACAGCCCUUAGGCCAAGUCUGAUCCACCACCCUUUUGAUAAAUAAUGUUUUACUGGAGCACAGGCUUGCCCAUUCAUUUACAUACUGCUUAUGGUUGCUUGUGAGCAAUAACAACAGAAUUGAGUAAUUAUGAUAGAAACUGAUGACCUACAAAGCCUAAAAUAUUAACCUAUGAACAGAAAAAUAUGCCAACUCCUGCUCUGGGGUAAAUACCCAGAAAUAGGACUGCUGGGUCGUAUAAAAAGUAUAUGUUUAUGUUUUUAAGAAAUUGUCAAACCAUUUUCCAGAGCAGCUGUUCCGUUCUCCAUUCCCACCAGAAAUGAACAAGAGUUCCGGUCGCUCUGCACGUGGGCUUCAGGGGGACUCUGUCAGCACUGCAUGUUGUCAGGAUUUUUAAUGUUGGCCACUCUAAUAGUUGUGGUGUGAUAGCUGUGUAGUGGUAUCUCACUGUGGUUUUAGUUUGCAUUUCCCUAAUGACUGAUGAUAUUGUACAUCUUUUCAUGUGCUUAUCUGUCAUCCUUACAUUCUCUUUGGUAAAGUGUCCAUUUUUUAAAAUUGGGUUACUUUGUCACUUCCAUUCUGUUAUUGAAUAUAUCCAGUGAGUUUUUUUUUUUUUGAUUUCAGGUAUUUUAUUUUUCACUUCUAAAAUUUCCAUUUUUUUCUUAAUUACUUAUAUUGUUAUUGAGAAUAUACACGUCAAAACAUACAAUUCAGUUUCUACUUGUACAAUUCAGUGAAAGAACUAUGGCGUUCUUAAAGGUAGGAAAAUUUUGCAAUAAAAACAAAAUGGAAGCUUGGUUUCUGAAAAGCUGGUACUUUCUCUAAACCACAGCAUUCCUACUGGAGUCAAAAAGGCUAAGGAAAAAAAAAAUGGCUAAGAAGUCACUAGUCCCACAGUUUUGCUACCCCCAACAAAAUGAAGAGCCAGAAUCUAUUUCUGACUGCCGUCUUUUUUUCCAGUGAACAAAAAUACUGACAGCCUCCAGCCCUGGUUCCCUAGAUAUUUAUGGGCUAGAAAAAGUAAGAGAAGCAAACUCACCUAACAUCUCUUCCUUUAGUCUUUCGUUACGUUCUUCAAUUUGCUUAGGCAAUCUCUGAGGGAAAAAGAAGAGAAAGAAAGGUUGGUGAAAACCCCUUCUGGUUUUAUUUUGAGAAAAACUACAAACAUAAUGUGAAAGUGACAUCAUUAAUAAAAGUGUGACGUAUUCCCAUUUAAGUAAAGAAGAAGGCAGGUAUUUAUGUUGGUGGUUGAGCCACUGGAGGUAGGAAGUUUGUUGGUUUGCUGACAUAUUCCCAGCUCUUAGGACAGCACCUAGCUCAAAGGAGGCCCUCAAGGAAAAAAAAACUGAUGAACAACGAAAUAAAUAAAAUUCUAUAUAUAUGUAUAUAUAAAUUGGACGAAAAAAUAUAGAUACAAAAAAACGUUGGAAAGGCUACAUGCUUGAUGUUUACACUGCUAUCUUUAGGUGGUGGGAUUAUGGGUGAUACAUAUAUUUUUAAUAUAUUUUGCUUCUUUUCAUCUUCUAACUUGAAUUCUCUCCUUAUAGAAUCUGAUUUGUUGAGAAAGGGCUGGAUCAAUCUUGAAUGUUUCUCAACAAUCAUCUAGCUCAGGACUUCUUACCCUCAGCUCUAUUAACAUUUCAGGCUGGACAAUUCCAUGUUGUGGGGGUUGUCCUAUGCCUGGCAGGAUGUUCAGCAGCACCCCACUUUGCCAACUAGAUGUCAGAAGUACCCUCCCAGUCAUGAUCAUCAAAAUGUGUCCAGAUGUUGUUAGAUAUCCCCGGGGACCAAAAUCGGGAUUGAGAACCACUAAUCCAGAUUAGAGUCUCUUACAGCCCCUCUUAGCUCUGUAAUUGGCCCCCAAAACUCUGGGAUUACAGAAAUAACUCGUUUAUAAAAAUUCUAAACAAAUUAUUUCUGCAUAUAGGUAUAAAAAAAGAUUAAAAGAGUAUCAGUUACAAGGUAUCACUGGCAAGAGCUAUGUUUAAAGGAUACUCUAAGGGUAUUUUUGAGAAAUUUCCAAAGUUACAAUCCACUGAAAAAUCAGAUAAAUCAUGCAUUUUUCUGCCAAGAAUCACAAAACUUUAUACACUGACAAACCCAAACUAGUUAGAAAAUAGCUAGCACUAUUUAAUGCUGUCAUAUGAAAUUAUCUGAGUAACUGUUAUGAAACUAAAAUGGCCGAACUGCCUCUGGAUUAUAAUGCUAGAUACUCUCACUUUUAACUGUAAGAGGAAAAAUGAUUCCAAGGUGGGGGGAGGAUACUAAGUUACUACGUUGGCUAAAAAACCAAAAACAUCGGUUUUGAUGAAUUCUUUCUACCUGGUGUCUGCUCCUUUAUUUUUGUCUUUUCAAUAAGAAGGCUGGCAAGCUAGCAAAAACCCCAGAAAUGCUGCUCUUUUCCAAUAGCUGCAUUUGUUUUUUUUUGCCCCAAGGAAUCCUGAACACAAAAGUUAGGGUUGGCAUUGCUGCCAUUCCAUGAAGCCUCAAGGAGGAAUACAAAUAAAUCCGUUUCAAGAGCAGCGAGGGUCAUCCACGAAUGAGCCCUGACUCAGACACAGAGAAGCAGGUGCGGAGCUGUGGUGAACUGGCGUAUGAGCACUAAGCUGCUCCAUACCAUACCUAAUGGAUACCAUUAAGAACUGUGUAACAGGAAAGUCUAUUUAUGGUCCAUCUUCCAAGAAUAUAGUCUGUUAAUCUAUCCGGGCAUGAAAGGAGUGACUUUAGUGAUGGAGGAGGGUUCCUGUGGCAUAAUCUGCCAUUGAGGGGAAAAAACAAUUUAGAGUUAGCCUAGGGCAGAAUUUUAAGCUCUCUCUCCUUUUUUUUUGACGGGGUGGCGAGGGGAGGAGGUGGGGAAUGAAAGGCAGGGAUGGUCAAGAAUCUUAGAGUUGUUAGUGACUAUUAACACUGGGAUACUAGACAACUCAAAUAACUUCUUAGGGCUUUCCAAUUUCCAACUUAUGGUCUGAGCACCUUCCAAUUCUGUUUGGCCCCAGAGACAACCCUGAUGGGAAAUGCUGACAAUGGGGUGGGUAUCAGGAUCAAAAGUAAGAAAGGUAGUAAAACAGAAAAGGGGCAAAUAUGAUGUAAAGAGGUAAUGAAAUAGGCUCUGCAUUUAGUCAAGAUGAGGAUUCUACCAGGCUGACUCCCCUGCAGAAAGCAACUAUAAAAUCUGGACAUUAAAAAAAAAGCUACCUGAAGGCACUGGAGAAUGAACAGAAGUAAGCAGAGUCUGAAGGGAGUACACUCUUAAAGGGGGGAAGUUGUAUGAAGUGAGUUUCCAUUUUUGAGGCUCUGGGCCAUGCACAGUGAAUACAGUGCACAGGGCAUGGUCCCUGGUGGAAAAAAAUACAGACUUUCUAGCCUGAGGAGGCAAAAAACUGAAUCUGUGGAAACCAGGGCUGCUGGAACGCAUGGGGAGAAUACUGGAAGGGAAAGAAUGAGAGAGGAGAUCCCUAAAUUCUGUCUCUCCACAUCUCUGACUGACGUAGAACAGACUCAAAGCAAAUCAGCUAAAGAGAAAAGAUUAGAGGUCAAAUCCAACAAAGGUAGCUGCCUGCUAAGAACUAAUACUCAAUGGAGAAAAAUUACGGAAUCCAGAGUCUUCAUGAUUUAACAUUCAUAAUGUCCAGAAUACAGUCCAAAAUUACCCAAAAUACAAAGACCCAUGAAAAUGAAACCCGUUCUCAAAAGAAAAUCAACUGAUACCAAUCCCAAGAUGACUAACAUAUUAAAGUUAGCCAAGAUUUUAAAGUGGUUAUUAAGUUAUCCACAAUGAAGUAAAACAAAACAUGCGCACAAUAAAUGAAGAAAGAAAUUGCACCAGAGAAAUAAAAACAAUAAAAAGAACCAAACAGACAUUCUGGAGAUGAAAAAGGCAAUAUCAGAAAUAAAAAAAUUCACUGGAUGGACUUAGAAAUUGAGUGGAGAUAUGAGCAAAAAGUAAGCAAACUUUAGAGUUACAGAAAUAACCUAAUGUGAAGAAAUGAGGAAUGAAAUUGGGAAAAACAACGACGGUGAUGACAAAAAUCCCCAGAGAGCCUCAGGAGCCUAUUAGAUAAUAUCAAAUGGCCUAGCAUAUGUAUAAAUGGAGUUCCAGGAGGAAAGAGAGAAAGAAAAAAGGGGCAGAAAAAUUUUUGAAAAAGUAAUGGCCAAAAUUUCCCAAAUUUGAUGACAUAAAUUUAUAGAUAUAACAUGUUCAACAUGAACACUAAGUAGGACAAACAUGCCAAGGCACAUCAUAGUCAAAUUGAUGAAAUCCAAAAAUAAAGAGCAAAUCUGGACAGCAAGAAGAGAAAACUGCACAUUACACAAGGGAACAGUGACUCAAUUAAUGGUUGACGUCUCAUCAGAAACAAUGGACGUCCAAAAGAAAAUAGAACAACAUUUUUAAAGUACUGAAAGAAAAAAAAAAAAGUCAGAAUUCUUUAUCAAGUGAAAAUACUCGUUAAGAACGAAGACAUCUGGAAUGAUUAAUUUUUUUUUUUUUUAAAUGGACAGUGGUGACAGCACAGUGAAUAUCACUGAACUGUACACUUAAAACUGGUUGAAAAAACAAAAAUUUUUUGUGGAAUAUAUUUUAUAACCCCCCCCCCAAAAAAAUUAAAGUCAUUUUCAAACAGAAGGAAACCGAGAGAAUUCAUCACUAGCACACCCACACUUUAAGGAAUGCCAAAAGGAGUUGUUUAGGUUGAAGGGAAAUGGUGCCAGAUGGAACCUCAGGUCCUCAAAAAGGAAUGAAGAGCUUUAGAAAUAGUAAAUAUCUCGGUAAAUAAAAAAGACUUUUUUGGGUGGCUUUUUCCUCCUUAAGUUCUUUUAUAAUACACAUGACUGUUAAAAAAUUACGCUGUCUUGUGGGUUUAUAAUGUAUAUAUAAGUAUGAUACAUAUUAUAACAAGGUAUCAUAAAUGACCUCCUUUCACAGAAGGCUUAGAACUAGUUUGAAAAGGCUAACGGCUACCAAGAAUAUAGUCAAGACUUUAAGAACUCUGCUCUCUUUUCCCAUGCCAAAUUUAAGUUAACCCUGCCAUUCAGGGAUAUGCUAAAAACUCUGAUAAAAGUUUAAAACUGGUUUCAAACUGCUUAUAUAAUUAUUCAAACCAGCCUGUCUCUCAUUACUCUAUUUCUAGAUAAAUAAAAGAUGUUAUUACUGAAGGUAUUCAUUCACCUGAAGUGUGGUUAGAAAAGAAGAAUCAUGUAUUAAUGCAGAGAGGUCAAUCAGCAUUUUCCAGAUUUGCUCCAUGGCAUAAAGGUCCUAUGAAGUAAGUAGGAAACUUUGUACAGUAAGGGCUCCAAAGCCCUCAGGAGCCAGACAGGAAAUGUAAACGAGUAGAGGAGUUGGUGUAAGACGACAGGAAGUGGUGAGGUCAGUGUUGGAACUGAAGAGUUCUAGCUGAAUGCCAGUGUACAGGAAUUCUAGAAGGAUCCAGGGUGUCCAAAUCUUCCAAUUUCAAGGAGUCAGACUGAGAGUCUUAUAUGGUGAAAUUUUCUUAUUUUAAAAUGUUGAACCCUUGCUUCAUUUAAAAAAGUUGGGUGGAAAUAAAAAAUGUUUCUGUAGCCUUCUCUUGUUUAGCUUUUGGUUGGCACUCUCCUUUAUAUAUUGGAGAUUCAUGAUGGACCUCUCCAUCCUAAUGGCUCUCUGAAAAGUCUGGCAGUCAAAAAAACCUGUUUAACUUGUUAAAGCAAGUGUUUCUCAAACUUGUUUGAACAUCUAUUACUUUCGGGCACUAACGCAUACACAUCCAAUUCUGUAGCAGACACAUUAGUACUAUUUCACUCUGCAUUAGAGAUGAUCAAGAGUGGUGACAAAUGUAAAAGGGCAUCUGGAAUUAUUCUUAAAGGGGGAAAAAAUCAAUAGUGUUUAGCUCAUUUACAACUCAGAAAAAAAUGGUUACAAGGUUUAGAAGCAAAAGGGCUGGGAGUGCCAAUGAUAAGAAUAAGAGUCAUUCUAGGAAGAUAAGAAGGUUAGUCUGGGAGAUAUUCAACUGGAAUGGAAAAAACUGAGGGUAUGGACUAGGCAUAUGACAACAGAAUAGAAACUGGGAGACUGAAUAAUGAAAAGAAAAACAGAAAACCUUAAGUUUAUUACAUAUAAUACCAAGAAUCACUUUGGACUAAACUAUUUAACUCCAGUGGAGAUUUCCCUAGUACAAAAAUGAAACAAAGGUUUUGUAAACGUACAAUCACUUUUAGAAUGGAUAUUAAGGAUACUGUGUCCCAAAGGAUUAUUUAAAAUUAACUGAGUAGCAAGACAGGGAAUAGAAGAAAAGGAAAAAACAAAAAAAUACGUGUAUAUAUAUUUAGGUUUUACCAUACAAGCUUCUCUUGCUUGAUGUACUGACGGAUCUUUUUCUAAUAUAGAUUUAUAGUCUUCCAAAGCUUCAUCCAGCUUGUCUGUCUUCUCGUACAACUCUGCCCUCCUCAAUAUUGCCCUGAUAUAGCUGGGGUUUAACUGAAUUGCUGUAAAAGGAAAAGAAAUAAUUGUUACCAUGAAGAAAAAGGGCCCAUACACCUUUGGCUAUGUAAAAUUUCUUUAUCAACCAUUCCCCAAUGGUAUGAAAGGAAGAGUCAUCUGUCAAAGUUGACUGCAACAGGUUUGGUUUUGGUUUGGCAUACCUGGGGUUGGCAAACUUAUUCUGUAAAAGGCAAGACAGUAAAUAUUUUAUGCUUUGCAGGCCAUAUUAUCUCUGUCACAGCUACCGAACUCUACUAUAGCACAAUGGCAGCCACAAUCGUAAAUAAGUUCAGCUGUGUUCCAAUAAAUUUUUUUUUAAUGGAUACUGAAAUUUGAAUUUCACCUAAUUUCCAAAUCACGAAAUAUAAUAUUUUUUUUCUCCCUUUAAAAACGUCAAAAUCUUUCUUAACCUGUGGGCUGUACAAAGACAUGCGGUAGCUGGAUUUCACCUGUGGGCCAGUUUGCCGACAGCUGGUCUAGACCCCAAGUCCUGACCUUUGCCUACUUGUCCUUGGCCUAGAGUAGGCCAGAAUGCACAAGUGCACAGUGAAAGAGUGAGAGAAUGUCAAGGUGGCAAACUCUGCUCCCAUUUUUUUCCUAGGCCCUGACUACUGCGGUUACAUUUCUAGCUAAACUCUCAUUAUUUCCUCAAACUACUGCUCCAGCACCAUUAGGUCACUGAAGCACAGUAUGUUUUCCUUUAUCCAGCAACAAUCACUCUUCUAAAACUCCUUUGAACAUUUUUUAUUAAAGUACAUCACAUUCCCUCCAAUCCACCCUGAGUUGUUCUUUUCUGUUAGAAUGCAACACCAUGGCUCUAGAACUUUCCUUCUUUUUACAUCAUAUACCCUUAAUUUUUAUUUGUUCCUUUUUUCAGUGAAUAUUUAUUUAGUAUCUAAUAUGUAUAUCUAAUGUAGUGUAUCUUUGGGGAUAUAGCGGUAAACAAGAUAGACCUGGUCCUUAUAGUCAUGAAGCUUUGUGCUAUUUCAGUAGGCAAGAGCAGACAGCACACAGGUAAAUAAUUUUGGAUAGUAAUAGUGCUGUGAAGAAAAACAAAACCAGGAAAUAUGAUUGUGAGCGAAGGGAGAGUGAAGUAACUUCAGAGUGAUCAGAGAAUACGAAGAGGGAAUAUUUGAGGGAGGCCAGCGAUUUGAAAGGACGAGGAGGAGGAGUGUAUGGGGACUAACGUGUAAAAGUUCUAAAGCAAGAACAACCCUGCAUGUGGGUGUCUAGGCUGGGGGCGGGGAACAGAUGAGGGUAAAAAUAUAGGUAAGGACCUGAUCAUGCAGGGCCUUGCCGGCCAGGGAAAGGAGUUUGGAUUUUUCCCUAAGUGUGAUGAGAGCCCACUGGAGGGGUUUCAAGCAGGUUAAAGACGUAGUCUGGUUUAUAUUUUUAAAGGAUCACUUUGAGUCCAAUGUGAGGGGUAAGAGUGGAAGCAGUGAGACCAGUUAGAAGGCUACUGAAAUGGUCCAGAUAAGAGAUGAUGUCGGUUUGCUCUAAGCUAGUAAUAGUGGAGAUGGAGAAAAGAGGUCAGAUUAAGUAUAUGUUUUUGAAUUAUAGUCCAUAAAAAAUCAAAAACCAAACCCGUUGCUGUCAAGUUGAUUCAGACUCAUAUAGGGCAGGAUAGAACUGUCCCACAGGGUUUCCAAGGAGCGGCUGCUGAUCUUUUGGUUAGCAGCCAAGCUUUUAACCAUUGUGCCACCAGGGCCCCAAUUCAUUAACCACAUGGCAUGAAAGAAAGAGAGCAAACAGGGAUGACCCCAAGGGUUUUAGCUUCAGCAAGUGAAUGGACAGUGAUGCCAUUUAAUAGAAUGGAAAAAAACUGAGGGGGAAAGCAAGUUGUGUGUGUAUCUGCGUGUGUGUAUGGGGUGGGGGAAAGGGAGCAGCACCACAGUUCUGUUCUAGCCAUCUGAAAUUUGAGGUGCCUUUCAGACAUCCUAGAAGAGAUGCCAAGUUUGCCACAGGAUACAGGACUCCAGCAGAAGGGAGAAGUCAGAGCUUCAGAUAUAAACUUCAACAUGUAUAUGGUAUGGUAUUUAAAGCUCCAGAACUGGAUGAGAUCAUUUAGGGAAAAAAUAGAAAAAAAGAAGAGGGCCCAAUGCAGGGUUAAGGUCUGGGGGCUUCUAACAUGUUGAGGUUGGAAAGAAAAAGCCAGCAAAGGAGAAUAAGAAGAAAUAGCCAAUGAAACAGGACAAAAACAAAACAUACACAAAAACUAGUGAGAGUGUGGUAUAACCAAAUUCGAGAGAAAACAUUUCCAAGGAGGAAGGAAUGAUAAAACGUAUUAAAUGUUUCCGAGAGAUCAAGCGAGACGAGGAUAGAGAAGCAACUAGAGAACUGGGCGACGUCAAGUGGCUGAUGGCCAUUACAAGGCCAGUUUCACUGGCAUGGAUGAAACUGAAGCCUAAUGGAAGUGCAGUGAGAAGAGGAUGGGAGAAGACAGUAGAGAAGAUUCUUUCAGUAAGCUUUACUGUGGAAGACAUCAGAGAAAUCGUACUGUAAUUUGCAGGGAAUACUGGGUCAGGAGACGCUUUUUUGAAGAGCCUAAACCUUUUGACAAUUCAACUUUAUGGGCUCUGUCUGCCAAUGUCUCUUUGACCAGUACAUCAUAUCCUCUUAUAAUAUUCCCAGUUAGGGUAUCACAAUAUCCAUAGGAAAAACAAUCCGAGGAUCGCUACUGAAUCUUUUUAAAAACUGAAUCCCCUAAUUUACAUUUUAACCCAGAUACCCCCACCUCCCCAACUAGUGGAUAGCUUCUAAAUGUACAAAUAUUUGUUGAAGAGCAGGAAUUUUUCCAAUUAGUUUAUAACAUAGCAAUCUAACAUGUUAUUUUAUUUCCCAAUCUAUACAAAGAGAAUGAAUUUAAACUUCAUACCAAGGUUGAAAACCGUAAGGUGACUGGGGUAUUAAAUACUGUUCCAUGACUAUUAGUAAUGGACUCCACCAUGACCCCAGAUAUAAGCUGUCCAAGUUCUUUCCUAAGAAGAUGUAUGAACUGAGUGUGGGCGUGAUGUGUGUGUGUGUGUGCAUACGUUCCUGAAUGCAAACAAACCGUACUAAUGUCAAUAUACUUUGCCCAUGGGUAUAAUGCAUGCUGCCUGUCGCAAGUAUGUCUAAGCAAAUAAAUAUUGGUUUAACCAGAUCCAGUAACAAAUUUGGAAAAUGCUUUGGUUGCAAGUCUUCCCCUCAUUUUCUUGGCAGGCUCCAUACACUCACGGCUAUAGCUAGAAAUGAACUGUUUCCUCAUCUGUGCUAAUCAAGCUUAUAAGGUAUUUUCUCACUAUUUCGUUACCGGGAAAGAAGCUCUGAAAAUCAGCAGCUUGUUCCUAAUUUAAACUCUUCAAAUCCAUACACCUCACAUAGAAAAGGUAGGUUAAACCUUCUCCUGAAACAAAACAGUACAUUCAGGACCAGUUUCAGCCCAAGAUGAUAAUAGGUCAGAAGCAGUUUGCUAGACUCUGAUAAAGUAAUAGUUUCAUUCAGAUACUAUAAAGAAAUUCUAAGUAUUUAAAAAAGAAGGAAAGUCAGUAAGAAGGUGCUAAAUUAAUGUAGAGAAAAAAACUGAAGAAGUUGGAAGCUGGCAAAAUUGUCACGAAAGGAGAGACUGGAAGGGCUGACUCAUUAGGGGGAGAGCAAGUGGGAGAACGGAGUAAGGUGUAUAUAAACUUAUAUGUGACAGUCUGACUUGAUUUGUAAAUGUUCACUUGAAGCUCAAUAAAAGUUAAUUAAAAGAAAAAAAAAAACUGAAGAGGGGGUUCACGCUUAGGGUGAGAGGAGGACUAGAUAACAUAUAAGGUUCUUUCUAACUCUAGGAUUCUCUCAGAGACUAUCCAAAGAAGGAAAGUAGAAAAAAUACAAAACCCAGUAAUUAGCUAGAAAAACUAAUAACAGUAGUAACAGAGUAAGGAAAAGUGAUCACGUGUCUUCUCCAUACCAAGGUGGUUAGAAAGGCAAGGUAACUAUCUGGCCUAUCGGGAAAUUUUGAAACCAACAAACAAACCCAAUAGGGAUCCUGAGUGUCGGGGUGACUCCUUAUAAAUUGGCAGGAUGGAAAGACCUUAAUGAAACUCAAGUAUCAGACAGCAAAGGCUUAAUUCAGUACGUAGAACCUGAAAGAAUAAUUAAAAUGAUGGGAAGCAGUACAUCUGAAGACACCACCACUUCACUAACAGAAGUGUCCCUCAGGAUGGCUGCCCCGAUCCCCACACAGGUCCAGGUGACUUAACAGCAGCUAAGAUCUUCCAUUUGAAUCUCAAAGGGAAGUAAUUUGGAAACUACAGGAAGGAAAUUCCAUUUCAUGAGUGUCUGCUACCCAAGUGGCUUUGAAUUCUUCCUCACAUAUUUACUAAUACAGGAGAACUAUCCAUUGAAAAACAUAUUACACUAAGAUGACUACUACACAGGAUCUCUGAAAAUACUGAAAUAUAAACCUCUUAUUUACAAGCCCCAGAGGAAGGGUAUACAGUAUGAGUGCACACCUGAUGAAAAGUCUCUACUGGUUUGCCUAGCACAAGUAAUGCUCUUGUAUGUCAACAUGUAACAAGACAAAGAAGGUUGUACCUUUGCUGCAGUCACUGAUAGCCAUCUCUUUCUUGUCCUAAAAGGAAACACAACAUUAAUAUGUGUCACCCUAGUUCUAUCUUUAGUGGCUCAAAGGCUCAAUGACAUGAGCUGAUCAUUAGUAACUACUAAUGGAGAUGCAGAACGCUCUUCAAAUCACAAGGAAACAUGCAUGUUACUUCUAAGCUAGAACUCAAAAUUCCAUGGGGGCAGCUCUGACUUGAAAGCCUCCUGGUAACAAAUUAUUUAAGUGGCUUCUUUCCUAGAAUGUCUCUAAAAAUUGUUGUAGUUAACCUAUUCCAUUGGUGAGACACAUUAGAAUGUUGAGAUUUAGAAACUCUGUGAUUUAACCAGGGCAAAUGACUGAUCUAUGAAUAACUGAAUUAAUUAUCCUCGUCCUUGGCUGGGUUAGUUCUUAUACUAUCAAAGUGGUAUCUUCCAAAAGUAUACAGAUGGUCCACCUACUGAUACACAGAGCGUAGCCUGUCAUGUAGUCUUAGUUAUAAACCUUAAUUUGCAACAACUGAUGAAACAAAAAUACAAAAUAAUUUACCAAGUAAAAAACUCGCUAACUAAUCUAAUUUGCUGAGCCUAUUUUUAUAGCAUAACAAACACUGGAUGUUAAAGAACGGGAGUCUAGUUCCAGCUUGGAGCCUGACCUGCUGUUUAACUUGGCCAUGCCACUUUGCUUCUCUGGGGUUCAAUUUCUCAUCUAAAAUACAAGCAGCCUGGGCUGGAUGCUAUACAAGAUGUCUUCCAGCUCUAAAAUGUCUACUUUCCCCCAAAUUAGAGGUUUUCUACAAAAUUACAGAAACAAUUUAGUUCAAAUAAGUGUCCAAUACUCCCGUAAUUUCUACUGUAGCAAAUACUAAAUAUUGUGCAGAAUGUUUCAGAGCAAUGUCUACCCAAUUGUGCUUCAAAACCAGUUCCAGGAUCAAGUCUGGGAACCAGUAAUUCUACGAUAUUUCUUCCAGUGCUCAUCAUACUCAUUCAUACGUUAAGAAGUCCUGCAAUAAUGAAAUCUGUGUAACUUUAUGUAAAUAGGUAUUUUUCAACUUAACCAGAUUUCCAUAAAUCUAAGACACGUUUUCAUAUUUUAAAGUUUCUGAAGUAGGAAUACAUCUUUACAAUUCACAUGUACAAAUGUGCUGGUAUUUUUUUCUGCCCCAGAAGCUAUUAUUGAGCUGCAGUGCAUCUUACCAUCAAUUGGCCUCUUUAGAUCAAGAAAUUGUAGUAUUUUACUGCAGAAUGCUUUGACACUCACCUAUUAACACCUUACGGGACCCAGGUAUUAUCUGUCACUUAGACUAACAGUCUCCAAAGUGGAACGUAUAAAAAAAAAUUAGAACUUAUUUACCAUCUUUUUAUAACAUAUAUAUACAAAAUAACAUAUAGUGUAUACAUGUCUGUGUAUAUUGCAUGGAAGUAUCUAAUGUGUGUGUGUGUAUAGCUAUGCCAAAUGUGUUGGCUGUUGAGUUCACGAACACACAUGUGCAUAAUGGCAUAAUGUGUAAGGAUGGUGUAAUGUAUAUAUAGUAAAACCUGCAAAAGCUGGACCUGUAUAAGCAGAAACUUGUCAGAGCACGAAAAUUCAAAUAUUUUCCACUAAAACAAGCAAUAGAAAAGCGGUAAGACUGCAUUCUGUUAAAGGUGGAAAACUUGAGAGAUCCAGAAAAACAAGGUGGUCCUGUUGAGUUCCAUGCACAGGUUUCACUGUAGUUUAAAAACAUGUGAAGCCUACUCUUUCAGGGGUAUCUGCACUUCUGUGGCUAGCCCCAGAGGUUAACACUCCCUUCUCAGUCCAGUCUGCCUUCUCUCUCUCUAGAUAUGAAACGUAAGGCUUAGCCAGGGAUGCUCAGUCACGAAUGCCAAGCCUGCAGACCUGCCUUUCAGAAAUUCUACCCCUUAACCCAUCACAUUCUUGAAAAACUCAGAAUAUGCUCCUUAACUUGCUCCAGGGCAUUAACACUGGAAGUUUUCAAGUGUCUAAUUUUAUAGUCCUCUUAAAGCACUGGAAACCCUGGUGGUGUAGUGGUUAAGAGCUACAGCUGCUAACCAAAAGACUGGCAGUUCAAAUCCACCAGGUGCUCCUUGAAAACUCUAUGGGGCGGUUCUACUCUGUCCCAUAGGGUCACUAUGAGUCGGAAUUGACUCAAUGGCAAUGGGUUUGUUUGUUUUCUUAAAGUAUUAAGAGUGUAACUUGGAAGAACAAAACAAACAAAAUCCCACUAACAAACUAUCCUUGUACAGGGACUAGAGCCUGUUGUAUACCCUAUGACGCAUGCCAGAGAGGCUGCAUGUGCUUUCCCCGACACUCAUGCCUCCGCCUGACACUCUCAAAAAAGAGAACAAAGUAAGCAGCCUCGCACUACCAGACUUCAGAACCUACUAUACAGCUACUGUAGUCAAAACAGCCUGGUACUGGUACAACGAUAGACACACUGACCAAUGGAACAGAAUCGAGAACCCAGAUGUAAAUCCAUCUACCUACAGCUACCUGACCUUUGACAAAAACCCAAAGUCCAUUAAAUGGGGGAAAAGACAGUCUUUAACAAAUGGAUAAAACUGGAUAUCCAUCUGUAAAAAAAAAAAAAAAAGAAAGAAACAGGACCCAUACUUCACACCGUACACAAAAACUAAUAUAAAAUGGACCAAAGACCUAAAUAUAAAACCCAAAACUAUAAAGUUCAUGGAAGAAAAAAUAAGGUCAACACCACAGGCCCUAAUAUAUGGCAUAAACAGCAUACAAACCAUAAUUAACAAUAUACAAGCACCUGAAGAUAAGCUAGAUAAAAUGGGAUCUCCUAAAAAUUAAACACUUAUGCUCAUCAAAAGACUUCACCAAAAGAGUAAAAAGAGAACGUAUACAUUGGAAAAAAAAUUUUGGCUAUGACGUAUCUGAUGAAAGUCUAAUAUCUAAAAUCUACAGGAAAAUCCAACACCCCUAGAGGAAAAAAAAAAAAAAAAAGAUCUGAAGUUUCCAUCAGAAAUGGCUUUCGACUUCAGUUAGGGAGAUUAUUUCCCUAACAAUAAAAAAAUCAGGUCUUGGGAACUGAGAUUUUGGGAUGGUAAAAGUUUCAUACAACUUCUUCCCAAAAGUACAACAGAAGAACAAACCCAAGUCCUAAGCAUGGCAGAGCUAUAGGAAGAGUGUGGCUCCCUCCCAACUAGUCUAUCUUUCAGUCAGCAGUUUUCAACUGUCCCCAGCCGUGGUAAGUUGGCCUGUUGUCUGCCACAGCACCUUGUUUCCUAAUUGCUAAAGGAGAGUAUUAACAGUAUUAUGGUAAUCACUAUAAGAAUAACAUGCUUUCUCAUGAGAGAAUUAAGUUACAGUUAGCUUUGGGAAUUUCCUAUAACUCACAGCCUUUCCUUUCUAUGCCAGAGUCUGGCCUGUGGAAGAGUACUGCCCACGAGAAAGUCAUGAAUGUGUAAGGAAAAAAGGAUCCUACAGGAAAACUGUCAUGAAUUUAAAAGCAAGGUGACCAAUUAGAAAGCACUGUCAUUACCCAAGCCUAGAUAUUGUGAGGACAGGGAACAGAGAACAAGAGGCCAUUUUAAAGAAGGGCUUUAUAAAUAUAACAAUUUUCCAAAAACCUAAUGUUAGCUGACAAUUAGAUGGUCUUCAAGAAGGCCACCUUCAAAAGGUUUACAAAUAGGGGAUUAUGAGUUUCCUUGUUGGAACUUUAUUCUAUUAGCCCAACUAUAUUUUUGAACAUUCACAUCCUCUUCUCACUACGAAAGAAAAGGAAAAAAAAUAGCUGGGGCAGGAAUUCUUCUUUUCCAUUAAGAUCUUGAGGUUUAAAGUGGUAUUUCCUGAGUUCAGAAAGUUAUUUAUAAGGAUUCCUCCAGAAGAAGAAACUUGAAACACAGUCACAAACUAAAUAAUCAUACCAGGCUCCAGAUUUCUACAAAGGAGUUCCUAGAAUAUUAGGUAUCAGCUAAAGAGGAUCUCCAGGGAUGCACAAGCUCUGAUAGCCAGAGAUACUUCACAAGAAAAUUUUUAUGUGUAUGUGUAUUUUUUUGUGGCUGAGGGUUUCCAUAAAAAAGAAAAAAAAUUUCCUUUUUUUUUUUCUCUUUAGCUUUUAUCAAAUUCGUAAGGGGGUCUCUAUGUCCAAGAGUGAGCACCACUGCUUUAACUGUAGUAUCCAGUCAUAGCACAAUUCUCUUUAGAGUUUACUCCUCAGAUAUGGUAGACAAAAUAUUAGAACUCAAGACACGUAUGCUAGUGCAACACUACCAAUGGUAAUAACUUGGCAACUGUGGAAACAAAGAAUCCCAAGUCCUAGGAGCCAAAUAGAUAUGGUGUAUUUUCUCUGACACUGAAGGUAUCCCUUAAUCCCAUUUUCACAACAACAAAGAAUGUCUCAAGAUGGAGAAGCAAACGUGAAAGACCAGAAUUUUCCAGCUAAGUGUAAAAACUGUUAGGUCCAAAUUCUGUUGGUAGACUACCUCAGUGCAUAUUGUUUUAAAUAAACUAAAAAAAAAAAAGUUUUAUUUUCUCUGAUGCAAAAUAUCUUUUUGUAUAAACCCAGAACCCAGUGCCGUCGAGUCGAUUCCAACUCACAGCGACCCUAUAGGGCAGAGUAGAACUGCCCCAUAGGGUUUCCAAGGAGCGCCUGGCAGAUUUGAACUGCCGACCCUUUGGUUAGCAGCUGUAGCACUUAACCACUACGCCACCAGGGUUUCCGAUCUCUUUGUAUAUACUCUCUAAAAUUAUUUCUUCUCUCAUGCCACGGGAACCCUUCCAAAAAUACCUCAUCUUGAAGAGGGAAUCUAAUAAUAAAAUACACAAGUCCAGGUUAAAAAAAAAAAACCCAAAACUUAUGUGUGUCCAAGAAUUCAAGCA